CAUUGAGAGGCGCCGCCGCGGGACGCGGGAGCCAGGAAGCGCCAGGGCUCGCGUGGCUGUGCACGCAGCCUAGACUCGGCAUUCGGCGUCUCUUCCGACAGCACGCGGAGGCGAACGGGGAGGAGUCCUGACACCACCCGUGGUCGCAGUGGGAAGGCCCAGCCCGCCCGCCGCCUCGCCAGCGCCGUGUCCGCAGCUGUUCUCUGUCCCAGAGGGCACCAUGGCGGAGCCGGACGUGGAGAGCGAGCUGCUGGACUACGAGGAGGAUGAGGAGCCGCAGGCGCCCCCCGAGAGCACCCCGGCCGCCCCCAAGAAGGACGUGAAAGGCUCCUACGUGUCCAUCCACAGCUCGGGCUUCCGCGACUUCCUGCUCAAGCCCGAGCUGCUGCGUGCCAUCGUGGACUGCGGCUUCGAGCACCCCUCGGAGGUCCAGCACGAGUGCAUCCCGCAGGCCAUCCUGGGCAUGGACGUGCUGUGCCAGGCCAAAUCUGGCAUGGGCAAGACCGCCGUGUUUGUGCUGGCCACGCUGCAGCAGAUCGAGCCGGUCAACGGCCAGGUGACCGUGCUGGUGAUGUGUCACACGCGGGAGCUGGCCUUCCAGAUCAGCAAGGAGUACGAACGCUUCUCCAAGUACAUGUCCGGCGUCAAGGUGUCCGUGUUCUUCGGGGGCCUGUCCAUCAAGAAGGACGAGGAUGUGCUGCGUCGCCAGUGCCCGCACGUGGUGGUGGGCACCCCGGGCCGCAUCCUGGCGCUUGUGCGCAACCGCAGCCUCAACCUGAAGCACGUGAAGCACUUCGUGCUGGAUGAGUGCGACAAGAUGCUGGAGCAGCUGGACAUGCGGCGGGACGUGCAGGAGAUCUUCCGCCUGACGCCGCACGAGAAGCAGUGCAUGAUGUUCAGCGCCACGCUGAGCAAGGACAUCCGGCCGGUGUGCCGCAAGUUCAUGCAGGACCCCAUGGAAGUGUUUGUGGACGACGAGACCAAGCUGACGCUGCACGGGCUACAGCAGUACUACGUGAAGCUCAAGGACAGCGAGAAGAACCGCAAGCUCUUCGACCUCCUGGACGUGCUGGAGUUUAACCAGGUGGUGAUCUUCGUGAAGUCGGUGCAGCGCUGCAUGGCGCUGGCCCAGCUGCUGGUGGAGCAAAACUUCCCGGCCAUCGCCAUCCACCGGGGCAUGGCCCAGGAGGAGCGCCUGUCGCGCUACCAGCAGUUCAAGGACUUCCAGAGGCGGAUCCUCGUGGCCACCAACCUGUUCGGCCGCGGCAUGGACAUCGAGCGGGUCAACAUCGUCUUCAACUACGACAUGCCCGAGGACUCGGACACCUACCUCCACCGCGUGGCCCGUGCCGGCCGCUUCGGCACCAAGGGCCUGGCCAUCACGUUCGUGUCCGAUGAGGGCGACGCCAAGAUCCUCAACGACGUGCAGGAUCGCUUCGAGGUGAACGUGGCGGAGCUGCCCGAGGAGAUCGACAUCUCCACCUACAUCGAGCAGAGCCGGUAACCCCGUGCCACGGCCCAGGACCAGCGCGCCCCACCCCCUCGCCUGUUUUUACUGUUUGAAUGCUAUAGGUUUUUGUGGAAGAAUAAAUUUUUAUUACAGAAGCACA